AUGGAGUCGACCACGAAAAAUUUGUUAGCGAUUCAAAACGACAAACACGUAGAUGUCGAAUUUGAAAUCCCAACAGAUUGCAUUGGGUUUCAAGACUCCAAAAUUAAUGUAUUCCCUCAAUGUCAAAAGUGUGGUGCUUUACUCACAACAAAGUCGUUGUGUCCCAUCUGCGAACAACAACACAAUAUAGCACCAGUGGCCCUACAUGAAGAUGGCGUGUACUUAUACGAACAAGAAGUGGCACAAACACAAGACUCCGCCGUUGUUUUCUGUAUUGACUGUUCAGGUACCAUGGAAGGAGACAGACUCAACAUGAUGAGAUAUAUGAUCGACUCGCAAAUUGAUAAUUUGCGGAAGACAAGACCAAACGUCCGUGUGUGUUUAGUAGAGUUUGAGUCGAAUUGUCGAAUAUAUGGAGACGGGUCAAAACCGCCUGUAUUUGUUGACUCGAUGCUCGGGUAUGAUGAAGUUGUUAAUGUGGCCAGUGCAAACUCUGUACUUAAACCAAUAAAAGAGUCUGAAGAAUAUUUAAAGAAGUCGGUUGAUAGUUUAACACCGCGUGGAUCGACCGCGGGAUUAAUGGGGAUGCUUAUAUCAGUAGUCAUCGCGAAAGCAUAUUCCAACAGUUCCAUAAUCUUUUGUACUGAUGGGCAGUCGAACAGAGGAAUUGAGAUGAACUCGAAUAACAUCAACAAGGUCAGGAAACUUGCAGUGGACAAUAAAGUGUCUAUCAACGUGUUUUCAUUUGAAGAUUGCGAGCCUUUUACGAUUCAAUACGAACCAAUGGUGAAACAAUGCAAUGGAACUUACAGGUCGAUUAACAAAGAAAAUGUUAACAGUGUUGUGCAAGGCGCAAUCAAAGCAGAGAAAUACGGACACGAUGGCAAAGUGUAUAUGGUUGUACCGCGUUAUGUCGAAGUGGUCGAAAACAGUGCGCAAUUGAGUGACAUUGUUAAAGGAAUAAACAUCCCAGUGAAGUGUAGGAUACUGUCAGACGAAUUGAAACAAAGAGAAUUUGUAAGAGUUCAAGCAAUGUUAUAUUAUACAAAUAUGGCUGGAGGACAAGCAGUAUGUGUGUAUCAGAAGGAAAUCCCGAUUAAUAACAACAUUGGCGAAGAGUCGGUGAACAAAGUCGUUGUUUGUAUGUUGACGGAAAUUAAAAAGUUCGUCCUUCAUAACGAUUCGAAUUCGGCUUGUGCAAUUAUUAAAACGCUCGAGGGUUACCAAUUUGAUGUUGGAGAGUCGGAUGAAACCCGUUUGAAAGAUAUAUUCAAUACAAUCCAAUACUUUUUACAACAUAAAGCAGAACUCAACAAUUUGGACAAAAUCCUUAGCGCAAUGCUUACUCUUAAACCCAACGAUUUAACACUUAAUUAA